GCAGCAGUUUCUGGACCUCGAGCAGCUGGAAGGAAAGCGGGCGGCCUUGAACGCCCGAGUGGAAGAGGGCUGGCUCUCCCUGUCCAAGAGUCGCUACGCCAUGGGCGUCAAGGCCGUGGGCCCCCUCCAGUACGGCUCCUCUAUGGCUGCCCUCUUUCGGGUCGGCAUCAGUGAGCCCGAGCCCGGGCGGCCCGAGUUCCAGGUGACGUUCACGGACUCUAAGGAGGCCCGAGGGCCGAUGGAGCCUAAGUCGGAGGUUCCCUUUCCUCCCGGGUGUCGGCGUCGGUCCCAGCCCCGGAGGACCAGUCCGGAGCCCGCCCCCUUGGCACCCCCUGAGCGUGAUCCCCUGACGUGGUUUGGGAUCUUGGUGCCCCAGAGCCUGCGGCAGGCCCAGGGAAGCUUCCGGGCAGCUCUGCUGAUGGCUGGGGAGGUUGCCGGGCUCCAGAGCCGAAUCGAGUGGGGCCGAGGCCAGAUUCAAAUCCUACGACAGGAGAAACGGAAGCUGCUCGAUCAGCUGAAGGUGGCAUGAACCGCGUUCCUCACAUUCAGAGUCUAAAUAAAUGAUUGAGUCUCUGGUUUGAUGA